GCCUUCAAAAUUCUCAUAACUCAUUACAUAGAAACUAGCUAGGGCACUUCUCCAAUCUCAACAACUUUCGUGUAGUGCACUGUUUUGCUAUAGUAACCCAUUAAUUAAACCGACCUACGUAGUAGCCAUGAAGAGAGGCAGAGAAGAGAGUAAGUUAGACAUGGCUAAUUGCUUGAUGCUAUUGACGAAAGUUGGAGAGAGUGAAACCAAUUACCCAAUAUCAAAGGGUAGUGAUAUUGGUGAUUUCAAGUGCAAGACUUGCAAUAGAAGGUUCUCUUCUUUUCAAGCCCUUGGUGGCCAUAGAGCAAGCCACAAAAAACCAAAGCUCAUGGUCACAGAUCUUUCGUGCCAUCAAGAGUUACCGAACCCAACCAUGAAACAACAACCUAGGAUGCACCCGUGUCCGAUUUGUGGGCUUGAGUUUGCUAUUGGACAAGCUUUGGGAGGGCACAUGAGAAAGCAUAGAACUGCUAUUAAUGAUGGCUUGUUGUGUGGUAAACCUUCUUCUUCGUUGUCCAUCUUGAAGGAAUCAUCGAAAGAUGGUGAUCAAAAGUUGAAUUUGCGCUUGGACUUGAACUUGAACUUGACGCCAUUGGAGGAGGAUGAUCUUAAGCUCAACCUAAGGACGCCCGUGCUCAAUUGUUUCAUUUGAUUGGAAAUUAAUUUUGUACUAAACCAGAUUCUUUUUUUCUUAUUAAUAUAGUUAAUGUGUAUUUUUCGUAAUUUAUUAUUAUACGUACGACCUAUAGGUAGCUCAUUUUGUAGUCAUAUUGUGUUCAUAAUACGAAACUUCUUAGUUCUUAUCCA